UUUGCUGCCGAUGGAAAUUUGAGAGAUUAUUUAGUUCGCAAUAAAAUUAGUCGGAAAACAAAAUUAAAAAUGGCGAAAGGUAUAAAUGAAGGAUUGGAAUAUUUAUAUGCAAAAGGAAUAGUUCAUGAAAACUUA